UGUAGCGUAGCGCGCGCCGCGAACUUGGACGCUGUGUCUUGGAUUCUAUGAGCCGAGCGUCUGGGUUGUAUAAUUCUCUCAUCGUGGGCACGAAUUCGGAUCAAAGUUCAGCCGAGAUCAAGCACAUUUCGUAUUCUCGUCGAGCCGAAUACUGUCACAAAUGCAAAACGUUACCGAUUCUCAAAUUCGGCAAAGGCAAAUGCAGCAUCGGAGAUCUGGUUCAGGCCAAGCAGGAUCGGCUCGAAGUUUGCUGUACUCUGGAAACGGAGAAGAAACGUCGGACGUUUGGCAUGACAUAAGCUGGCUGAAGCUAUCGCGAGAGAAAUUGGGACGGUCGAAGCGCCGACGAAAAGGAAGAUAAGUAGAUAAAGGAACGGAUAUUGAGUGCAAAAUGUCCGAAAACGAAAUCAAAUCGGCUUCGCCGAUACCAACGGUUAUGUGCGCGCAAUGUUGCGACGGCGGCGGUGACGGUGGCGGAGGCGGCGGUGGUGGUGGCGGCGGCGGCGGUGGCGGUGGUGGUCUGACGACCACACAAUGCCCGGCUCUGCAGGUCACCUCGCGGAUGCUGCGCUCACCGAGUCACGAGAGCGUAACCACCGACCUGUCGCUCUUCAGCGUGUCGUCGAUCGCGAGCGAUCUGCGCAGCGCCAACAGGUUGGUCACUUUCAAGUCCUACAGCGACGCGCAACUCACCGGACGGGGACCCUCACCGAAACCGGACUCCCGGCAGAUUCAGGGUAACAGGCCGGCGGACAUUCCCGAGAUUUUAUGGUUCGAGGAAGAGAACGAACUGAUUCGCAGAUGCAAUGAACUGAUUCGCAGCUGCGGCGUACUCUCGUCGGCAUUGGGGCUGCGUAAGAGCUUUAGCACGAGCGACGUGUCGCAGCUUCCCAGCCCGGACGCGGCCGGAGCCGGUGGCCUACGAACGGCGGUGUCCGCUCUAGCGCUCGACACUGCCCAGCGCAACAACCUGUUGCUGGAGCACGCCAGGCUCGACCAUGCCUCGAGGUCCUGCAGCACCUGGGUCGCCGUGGGCGAGCCCGUGGCCAGCACGUCCCAGCUUCCCAGCCCGCACGGCGGAACCGCGCAGGAGCAGCAACCGCAGCAACAGCCGCAACCGUCGCAGUCGCAGCAGCUCCAAACGCAGCAGCAAUCCUCCGCGAAUGCUCAAUCGGUGCCGCAACUACCACCGCAGCCACCGGCACCGCCGCCACCGCCCGUGCCCUUCACCGGAGCGGAUCUCGUCAGGUCCGUCAAUAAGAAAGUACGACAGAACUACAUACAACGAAGGCUGCUGACCACGUACCGCGCUUUGGAGCGCCUCUCGCAGAGUGAGUUUAAUCUAGACCAGCUAGAAGCGGCGGCUACCGCGGCGCAGAGCUCUCACGGGACCACUUUGCUGGUGCCCGGAACGGCCGCCGGAGUUCCUGGUGCUUCCUUGAUCGGGCGGAAGGAGCGAAAUCACGCGCUGACAGUACGGGACGUCGAGAGGGAACGCGGAAAUCAGCUGUCCAAGUAUGAGAGAAACAUGAUGAUCUUCAAUUGGCUUCACACUUUGGACGACAGCGCGGUCGUGGACAGCGUCGAAUAAAGCGACGAGGAGACACACACCUCUCCAGACACUGCAUCUCCCGCAACUCCGACAACGUACGACCUAUCGUGCCUAAGUCUCUUCCUCUUCCUUCGAUAUUCCUUUAUCGAGGACGCUUCGUUGACACUGUAUUGUCGCAUUUCGGAGAAUACCGCUAAAUAUGUAAGACUUCUGGUUUUGACUGUUAGCUAUAUUGAAUUAUGAUAUCUAAAGCAAAAAUUAUAUAACUCUCUCUUUCUCUCUCUCUUGCACAAUUCACCGAAAUAAAUUAGUUUUUUUUCUCAAAUGCUCCACUCUCAUUCGAUAAAAUAGGGAAAAAAAAAUAUGCAUAAAAUUCUCUUCUUGAUCCUUCUUCAUAAACUCUCGUCUGGCGGAUACUGAUUUUAUUUAGUUCAGUCUCUGUUGAAGUUAAAGAGUUAGAAAUGUUUAUUUUAUCGUUCCCUUGUAUUUAAAUAUUACGGAAUGUAAUCUUUACAGGAGUCAGGAGAAAGACGAGUUGACGAGUUCAACAGAGACGAAGCGCGUAUUCGUCAGGCGAGAAUUAAUAAAUGAUUAUGUAAUUAAAUUUAUUCGUAUUCUGUGUUAACUGUAAAAUAUUAUCCUGUUUUCACAAAAAUAGGUUUCAUCAUUAUGAUUAGGAUUUACAACUAUCUAUUCUAUGAAUUGAAAAGAGAAUCCGCGGCACAUCUAAGCUUAUUUUAUUGAGCACGUGUAAAAAGACUAAUUUAUUCCAAUGUACAUUGUGCGAGAAUAAAUAGCUGUCUAUGAAUGUGAUGUACAGUGUGAUUUCAUAUCAUAAGCGUGCGAUCUCUCGCGUCUGAUGUCAUAAUCCAAUAUGGCUGCGAUAAUGAGCCAGGAGCUAUAAGCUAAAGUAACUAUCGCAAGACAUCCGUCCCUCCUCGUUCAGCGGCGCCGAUUGGCGUCGCUUUAACGAGCGUAUCCGAAGCAUUUUCGAGGCAUAUAAAGCGAAAAUCCAUUUUAUUGGCUACAAUACAAAGCGCAUAUAUGCAUGCAAAGCGAACGGGCCUUAUAGCGAAUUCGGUCGCUUGACUACUCCACACUGAUGUGCACUAAAGGCGCGUGAUCCAACAAAGAAACAUACGAAAAUAUAAUAGUGAUAAUAUAGAUCAAAAUGCAUAUGGGAAACAUGUAUUCUCUUAUAGGUGCUCUUACGCACGUUAUGGGAAUGAAACAUCCCCCUAGAAAGAGAUCGACUUUUACGUUUCUAAGCGUAUAUUGUUGACGCGGUAAGUGAAAAAUAUUUUAAACAAAGUUUUGUGAUUUCAGAGGCAUUUUUUAAAGAUGUAUUUAAACGUUUUCAAAAUGUUACAUCUUUCAAAAUAUCCCGCCGUCUAUCGUUUUUGAGAAUUUAAAACAUUUUUAUGACAAAAUUUAAACUUAUUUAAAGACAAAUUCAAUUAUACGUAUAAAAAUUUUUUUCAGAGACGGUAGUGAGCAGACACUUGCGUGUGUUCGUAAAUGCAAAAACAUAACAUGAGUGUAUUUUGCCGAUAAAAUAUCCAAUAUAUCAUUGUAUUAUUUAGCCGAAUAUAUAUUGGCUAUUUCAUCAGGGUUAAAAUGCUUGUAUUCUGCUGUUGCACUUAUAUCUCAAGUAUAUAGCAUCCUUUACAGUGUGCAUUAAUGUGGAAGAGUGAAGGCAACUAAAUUGAUUAUUAGAAACAAAUUGAGAAAUUGACUUGGAAGUAUUCUUAAAGUGCGGUACGAGGCGUAUACGCUUGUGCGCGUAUACUUUUGGCACUCUGGUGAUCAGCUGAUUAUGGAAAUCUUUUAGCUUUCGUAUAUAUUUUACCCAAUAAUUUAUUGAUUAAAUUAAAGAAAUAACUUUUAAGAUUAGACAUAUUUCUACGAUAUAUAAUGAUAACAGCAUGAUCGUGAUAUUUUUGAGCGGGAUCUCAUAAAACCUUUCCGUAGAACUUUCCUCUAUACAAAUCAGUAUUCGCAAAUUCAGUUUGCCAAGAGAUUUAACAGUAUGAACUUAGGAACUAAUUUUAAUAAUCAAUAAUUAAUAAUUUAAUAGUUCAUUAAUUCCGUAGCGAAGUUUGCAUUGAAAAAAACUGACGUAGAGAAACGAGAUGUACAUUUUGUGUUGAAUACUUAGACACAUAUCGAUAAGAAAUUUUUAAUCAACGGAACGUAAAUUGAGAGGUACCAAAUUGUCGAUUAGAACGACAAAAUUUUAACUGAAUAAUUGUAGACUGAGAAUCUGUUACAACGUUUUGCAUUUCCAAUUUGCAAUUAGAAUGGACGAUAUUCGAAGUCGAAUAUCGUGUAUAAAGAAUAACGAUGCGAGACGCAAUCCAGAGAGCUCUACUUGUGAAAUAUGAACGAUGAUAUGUGAAAUAUGAAUACGCGCGAUUUAGCGUACUAGGACCUUUGUGAUUGUAUAUCCGGUAUAUCCGGAGAACUAUAGUCGUCUGAAAUUCCGUUUAUUCCGAACGCCAUGUGAGGAGCUUGUUGGUGCCGGGAUAAAAUGUUAUCCAAAACAUGCCUAAAAAUAUUUAAUUCUAUGCAUGUUCCUUAUGAAAGUCUUAAUUGUCCAGUGUAAACAGAAAAUCCGGAACAAUUGUACUUCCUGCCUGACUAAUUAACGACAGAUCACAUCAGUAUUAUGCGCCGUGGCCAGAGAAUGAGACAGAUACCAAAGUGUUUUUGGAAUAGUAAAUGGAUGUGUGAUCACAAUUAAUGUGCUUUUAUGUAUAUUAAAUGUUUCCUCCCCCCCCUUCCAAAUGUAAUAUUCGCUAAUCGCAAAAUUAUUUGGUGCAAAAAGUAAUGGAACAAAUAUAAGAUUUAUUAAGUAUUCCA